GCUUUAGUGUGAAACGAAACUUUGGGAAAGCAGCGGGAAUGGAGAAGUGAACCCUGUCUUCAGCCAGACUUUAAAAGGAGAGACAUUUGUGCCUGACUUGACUUCAAUAGAGAAGCACAUUUCUGGACGACAUCACUUUGUAACCACUGAGGAGAAGACAUUGCGGUACUGAAAAUGCUUGUACAUCGAAAACUUCUUACUCUGUGGCUUCUGCUACUUCUCCAUGUGUCUGGAAGUGCAGCAAGAUUUAACCUCUUUGGCCACAAAAAGAACCCCGUGCCGCAGGAAGGUGACGUGAGGCUGUUUGGCGGCGGUGUCGCCGACGGCCGCGUGGAGAUCUACCACGAGGGACAGUGGGGAACGGUGUGUGACGACGACUGGGACCUGGCCGAGGCCCAGGUGGUCUGUCGUCAGCUCCGCUUCCCUGGAGCUCACUCUGUGGUCAUUGGGAAGGACUACAGUAAAGCGCCCGGACCUAUUUGGCUGGAUGAUCUCAAAUGUCAAGGCACAGAGAACUACCUUUCCACGUGCACUUUCAAAAGCUGGGGGACGAGUGACUGCAGCCACAAAGAGGACGUUGGAGUCAUUUGUGAAACGAGCGGCUCCAAUGUGACCGGCCGUGAUUCGUCGUACUCGCUGGACCACAGCAUCAGUCUGUCUGACGAGCGCGGCCAGAUCUUUGACAGCGGGAGCGGCUGUGACUUCUCCAUCACGGUCAUGAGUGCGACUGGAAACACAGAGGAAGACGGCACGCCAGAGAUGGCCGGAUCAACGGUUUGUGCCCACAAAGCGAUCCUCUCCCAAUUCCCUCUCUUCAAUGCCUCGGAGGGGAUCAGCGGCAUCACAGUCGACAUCGGCCAGGCCUGCCAGCAGAACUUCUCCUCCUUCAUCAGGUACAUUUACACCCGCAAGGUGGAAGUGACCUUCUCCUCAGUGCAGUGCCUCCACUGGCUGGCUUCUAAGUUCGGGGUGAAGCAGCUGAUGGAGGACACAGGCCGUCUGUUCUCUCAAAUCCUCCCAGAAGACGCCACGUUCCACACGCAGGUGUCCCUUUACGAAUAUGCAGCGGAGACGGGGGACUUGGUCCUGCAGGAGAACUGUAUUCAGUAUCUGGCCUGGAACUACCAAAAUCUGACAAGUUCCCCGGCUUGGACUCAACUCUCCGUCGAGCUCCUCGGAGCCCUUCUACUGCGCUCCGACCUGGUGGUGCCAGAUGAAUAUUUCCUGCUUUGGAAUGUGGAGAGCUGGAUCAGAGAGAAGGGCGACUCCAUCAGUUCGGAAACCCAGGUCGACUUGUUGAAACGCAUCCGUUUCCCCAUGAUCCCCGCCGAGGCACUCAAUGACCUGGAGUCCAACUCUUCCCUCUACGCCACUCACGAGGCUAUGUAUCGGGAGAACCUCUUGAAAGCCUUACAGUUUAAUGUUCUGCUCUUCGGCAAUCUGGUAUCCAACCCAAAGUUCGACAAAGACAGCGACGAUUACCGCCCGAGGAUCUACACGGCCGAGCCGUGGAGCACCGCUAUGAAUCGCACCCAAAACCGCCAGAUGCAUUACAAUCAAUACAAUCAAUACAAUCAAUACUAUCAAUACUAUCCUUCCUCCAGGGUUAUCAACACACCUGUCCACAACAGCCUGAUCUUCAAGAACAACAAGAUCCAGUGGGAAGCAAAUGUCUUCAACAACCAACAGGAAUGUUCAAACCGAGGCGUGAGAUGUGAGUCGUUCCCUUCAGCGCGGCUGGCGCCUCAAAACAGUCUGAGUGAAUGGCGCCACAUCCUCUUUCGUAAUCGCCUCCUGCUGAUGUGUCAAGGCACGUACAUCUUUCAGGUGCAGGACUUCAAGAACCACAUGGCUGUGAAUGGGAGCCUGGCUCCUGCUUAUCCCUGUCCCGAUGACCAGUACACCUACCAGUUUGUGGUCAGACCGGAGUAUGUCUGAUCCAAAAGCUGAGCCGGGCUCAAUACAUUCUGAUUCUUUUGUCUUUUCUUCAUAAAUCUUGAUUCUCCUGGCUGUGAUCUGAUUUGUAUCAAUUUUCAUUGACUGCUUUUUUAUUUUUAACAGCAAAUAAAUAAAUCAACAUCUUAA